GCUGGUUGUUGUUAAGUCCAUGGUUAGUCCAGGCGAAAUAAUAAUCUUUUUUGAUAUAUUUUCAAUUAUCUCUCAAUUCAUUUAAGAUUUCUAAAUUAGUGCACGUCUUAAAAUGUUAUCUUUAUAAUACUUUUUCUCCUCCCGCACUUGUGCCGUGAUUGUAAAUAAAUAGGUUGAUCCCGACUAAUUGUUUACAAAAGAAAGUAAAAUCACAUUACCAUGAUGAGUGUCAAAAUAGAGUACGAAGAUCCAGGAAUAUGUCGUGGCUGUCUCAGUUCAGACAGGAAGCUUGCUUCUGUGGCUUCUGGCGACCUGUACUUUUCUCUAUUGACAGAAGAGCAAAAACUGGAAGCAUUAACCAUACCGCAGAUAGCUCUGUGUUGGGAGUGUAUGGCUGUGCUGAACAGGACGCGCAGGUUUAAAGCCCAAGUUCAAAAUGCGCACAAAAUUCUGCAAGAAUCUUUACAACUUUCACCAACAAAACCUACUCUUUCUUCACUUACGGUCCAUUACAAAUUUGAAUAUGAUGCUGUUCAUGAAGAAGGCAAACCAUAUGAAGAACCAUCAGUUUUCGUUGAACAAAAACCAACUAAGACAGAAGAAAAAAUAAAAGUUAUCAUACCCACAAAGUAUAAAGCUACAGUUACAACAAACAAUGUAGAAAAUGUAAAAAGUUUCAAAGAUGUUAUAAAUGAUCUUUUAAAAAAUGUGAAAAUUGAUAAAGAUGCUGAUACUGAACAUCCCAAUAAUGACAGUGAUGAUGGUGAAGAUGAUGAGAAUUUUGAAGCUGAUGAUAGAAAUUAUAGUUCAUCUGACGAAAUGUCAGUUAGCGAAGAUGAUACUCUAAAACAAUUACCCAAAGCUGCUAAGAAUACUAAGAAUAGUUUACCAAUAGUAAAACCAAAGCAAAAUGAUGUAACCAUUACAAAAACAGUCACUAAAACCCUAAACAAAAACGUGGACACAAAGAAAAUAGAAGUUCCAUUGAUUAAAACUCCUGCAAUGCUAAAAUUGGAAAUGGAGUUAAAAAAGCACAUGAGUGUUAUGAAGGUUGCACCAAAAGAGGCAACAAUUAACUCGCAAAAGAAACGUGAUGAAAAAAAAGUGACUGAUGACAAAAAUAUCCGUAAAUCAGAUCCUGAUGAAGACGAGCCAAAAAGAAAAAAACAAAAGCAGUCAGAGUUAGAUCCAGAUUUUGAUGUAGACGGUGAUGAUGAUUACGCUACAGAUGAUAGUGAAGAAUUUAAAGCAACUGGCAUAAAGAAAAGUGCAGAAGAUGAUGGCAAAACAGAGAAACAACGUAAAUUUAGGAAAACCAUUACACAUUAUAAAAAUAUUGCAGAAGUAUCCUCAUAUUUUACAGAAAUCGAAAUGAAUGAGCAAGAAAUAAAGUGCGCUUUAGACAAGGAUGAUGCAAUCGUUAGAGAUAAGAAACCUAAAAAAUGUAACAUAUGUGGAGUGCUGUUUGGACAUAGGAGAGCCUUAAUGCAUCAUGGGUUGAGGUUACAUAAAAGCAAUCAUCCCGGCCAAUACAGAAAAGGAGAUUGGUACAACCCACCACUAGUUUAUCCUGAGAAGUCUGUAUGGCGCUGCCACCUUUGUGCUAGAAUGAUGCGGAAGGAACAUACAGUCGCUCACAUGGAUGAGUACCAUAGGACUCAGUAUUUCUGCAAUGGAGAUGGGUGUGAAUGGUGUGAGAGGCCUUUUUGGGAAAAGGAAGAUUUUGACCAGCACUGGGAAGAAAUUCAUAAGCAGGCUAUAUGUGACUACUGUGAAAAAAACAAGAGGUGCAAAAAGUACUUGGAGGCGCAUAUGCAAAAAUCCCACGCUAAACGACUAAAAUACGUCAUCCAAAAUACUCAAUGCAAGAAGUGCUUAAAGACAUUGUCCUCGCGCGAUGCUUUGAAGAACCACAUAUUAUACGUACACGAGAAGUAUGAGGAGCCAGUAGAGCAGCGGUACUGCGUCGAGUGUGACAUGACUUUCAAGAGGAUUGCCAUCUUCAACAAGCACUUUGUUGAGCAUCAUUCGGGCCUGCCUAAACCUAAGUAUCCGUGCGAACAUUGCGGGAAAGUGAUGUCCAACAAAACUACGUUCCAAAACCAUGUACGGCUCUUCCAUGAAGGCAAGACUGACUACCGCUGUCACAUCUGCGGCAAGUAUUUGUCGAAGGCGGGUGUGCUGAAAAGGCAUUUGAACAUGCAUAACAAUGUAAAACUACCGAAGACCAAGAAGUGCAACAUAUGCGGACGCUUGUUUUUGAACAACAUACAUCUACGCUACCAUAUGUACACACACACGGGCGAGCGACCGUACCAAUGUCCGCACUGCGAAACGGCUUUCUCGCAGCCGCACUGCCUUCGUAUACACUUGAUGAAACAGCACAACAUUGACGCCAGGGUGAAAUCGGACGGGACGAUCACUGAAAUAACUGGGACGGAAAUAGUAGAUUGUGUCACAAGGGAGCAAAGUGACGUGUUUACGGCGAGGUCGUACUUUAAUUCCUAAACGAAGCGAAGGAUUCUAUAAUAGAAUUCUGAACGUAGUGAGGGAUUCAAGGGUGUUAUUCCCAAUAUGGAAAAAAUUUUGCUUCCAUGUGACACAUACUGCUUUUCACAUCACCUAUUAGGUAGUUAUAAUGUUUAAAAAUAUUAUUUAAGAUAAAAAAAAUAUGUGUAAAAAACUAGAACAGAAAAGAGUUACUUUGAUCCCUUCUAGCAGGGAAGAAAAGUGCCACUUUGAUCCCUCCAAGUAGAACGAAAAAGGCCUUUUUCGAAUUGGUGAUGUGAAAAAUAUGUUACUGCCGAUAAAUUAGUUUUUAAAUACAGUUAUUGCCGACUGUACUUCGUACCAGAUUAUUGUAUUGUAUACCUAUACAUGUUUGCAAAAUGUAGUUUUCAACAUCGGUACCACACAGUCCUUCCAAUAAGGACGCUCGGACAGGUUAUAUGUAUAAAGAUGUCAUCCUUAUUGUAAGCGACAAAAUGGUACCUUUGAUUAUUAACUCACAAUUUUCAAAGCGAUACGGCUAUAAUAGCGUGUUUUGAGUUACGUCUAUUAUCUAUUAUCUGCGCUAUGGAAAAAUAGCUUUGCAUUUGCACCAACGUCAAGCAGUGGACUAGACGGACGCUCGGUAGACGCUAGUGCGGGACGUAUCUUAUAUAGUAGGAUAAGAUUGAUUUGCAUGGAUUUAUUAUAUUGUUACAAGUGAAGUGUAAAAAUAAAUGCAUAUUUUCAAUCUUGUUGUUUACUUACUAUACCAGAGUGUAGUACCUAAAUUAAAUCAAGACCGUAAUCGUAACAUAACAAACAGUUUUCUCGCAGUCGCACUGUCUACGCACGCGUUUGCUGAAACAGUACAACGUCGACGCGAGGGUGAAAGGGGACGGGACGAUCACUGAACUAACUGAGACGGACAAAAAAAUUUUUUUUUACAUUUUUAUUUCUUACUCGCUGUUUCGACAGUACUAGGGUAAUUCGCCAGUAACUACAUUCCCACGCUGAAUAUCUAUGCCUAUUUGACCUAGGAAUGAGCCAGCCCUAAGGUCACCCGUAGUCUCGAACGGUCUUUUUAUUAGGCCCUGAAAAUGAUUCUGAGCGUU